AUGUCCCAUGAAAAUUUAUUAUCAAUUGACAAAGAACAAUUUGUAAAUGAAAUUUAUGCUGAAAUAGUUAAUAAUGCAAUAUCAAUUACAAAUGAUACAGUAGUGAUCGUUAUGGAUGUCAAUAACGAUGGACUUUUGUCAACCCCCGAGACGAACGUUGGUAAGCAAACUUUUUGGAUCGCACUCAAUGCCAGGUUUGAGGCACAAAGUGUCGAAUUCCAUCUAUUUGCUUUAUGGAUUAACCGUACUUGGUAUAAGGAAGUGAAACAUGAAUUGCAUAUGAGACGCGAAAAGUUUAAAAAUCAAUAUUGGAGAACAGUAUCAGUAAGAUAUAUGGAGAUACAGCUUAAAGAAGAGGGCAGACGAUUUAGAAACUACAUGGGUACUGAUGACUGUAAAAAACACAACGACAAAAUGAGAUUUUUAGAUGGGAAAUGUAAUGAAUCCUUCUAUAAACUAGUAGAAGUAGAAGGAUGCAUGUUACGAAAUAAAUUAAUCAGAAAAAGAGAAAGAGGCGAUGUAUUAAAUCGUAUUAAUCAUGUUAAUAAGAGUGGGUGGUUGCAUCUCUGGUUGGAAUAUGAAAUAGAGGAAAUGAUUAAUCCUAUAGAUUACGAACUUAAUAUACUUUCGAUAUUUAAAUCAAAACUUUUUAGAUUCAAAUAG